GCGAGCUGCGCGCGACGCUUGUCGGGAAGGGAGGCGCCAAAGAGGAAGAAUAUUCAAUUUUACUGAGUGUGUGAAUGAAAACAAGCCGUGACAAGUAUACUCGGAACAUCAGCGUUCGUCUAAUGAAACCGUGACCCAGCAGUUUAUCCUCCCGAGGGACGGAACACAUCGUUUCCUGCGUGGGACAAAGUUCGGAGACAUGGAGGCAGACAGUGUGAGCAUAUGGCCACGCAUGGAGCCCUUCUUACUGGGUGCCCUGCAGGUGGCUCCCACCUCCAAGCUCAGCCUGCACUACCUCCGGAAGAUGGCAAUCUAUGUCCAAACUCGGGAAGGCUGCUUUCCUGUCCUGGGCUGGUCCAUGUGGCGGCACAUCGCCUGUGGAAAGCUGCAGCUUCCAGAAGACCUGGCGUGGCUCUACUUUGAGACAUUCGACCUGCUUUUGGGUCACACUCCAGAGGAAAGGCUGGAGCGGGCAGAGUGCAUGUCCCAGUGCUCCUCCAAAAGCGAGUUGGACCAGCAAAGAAGUAAGUUGUCAGUGGACACGCUUCAGUUCCUUCUCUUCCUCUACAUCCAGCAGCUGAACCGCGUGUCUCUGCGAACGUCUCUGAUUGGUGAGGAGUGGCCCAGUCACCGAGCUCGCUCCCCCUCUCCAUCGGAGCGAGAGACCAAGGCCAGCUCUCAGAACAAGAAUUGGGACGAUCAGGCUCAUCUGUCGUUUGUUCAGAACCACUUGGCAGAUAUUUUGGAGCUGCUGGUAGAACCAGGGCAGUUGUCUCAGUCAGGACAGACCCAAAGAGACUCCCAGAUCUCCCUGGAAGCCGUGCAGAGUUUAGGCCUCCUCCUGGAGGGCUCGGUUGGCCAUGGAAAAGGCAUCCAGCCCAUCCACAAGCUGUUGACCAAAGGGCCGCUCCAAACACUGUCUGGCUACUCCAUCUUGAGCCGCUCCUUCCCUCUGCACAAACUCCUCUCAUGUCUCCAACAAAACCUCACCCUCAACCCCUUUGGGAUGACCGCCUGCCUCCGCUCAGGGAAGAAACUAGCCUGGGCCCAACAAGUGGAAGGAGCCUUGAAGAGAGCCAAGAUAGCCCGCAACACCCACAUGGCCCCACCCGGCAGCAAGAUGGUGCUCAUGUCCCAGGUCAUCAGACAGACUCUGGCUAAAACAUCCGACAAGCUGACUGGUGCCAACAUCAAGAUCCAUAGAUGUUCUGAUGCCUUCAUAUACCUCUUAUCUCCUCUCAGAUCCGUCAGUGUGGACAAAUGCCGUGACAGCACAGUGGUUCUGGGUCCAGUCCAGACCAGCGUCCACAUCCACAGCUGUCAGAACGUACGUGUGGUGUGUGUUGCCGGCAGGGUGGUGAUCGGCGCCUCCUCGCGCUGCACUAUCCACGCCCUGACCCCCACCUGCCCGCUGCUCUUGCCCGGAAACUCCGAGAUAACCCUGGGUCCCUUCCACAUUUUCUACCCGUCCCUGGAGGACCACAUGGCCAGUGUGGGGCUCGCUGUGGUCCCCAAUGCCUGGGAUCAGCCCUUGGUUCUGGGAACCGAGGGCCUCGCCAGCCCCCCACUCAGCUCGCCCUCUGGCUCCGACGGCACCUGCUACCGCCUGCUGCCCCCCUCCGAGUUUCACACGUUGGUUGUGCCUUUCCAGAUGGAGGGCGACACGUGCGAGGUACCUGGCGGCCUGCCCUCUGCCUACCAGGCAGCACUGAGGGAAAAGCAGAAAAGGAUACAGAGCUGGCAGAAAACAGUGAUGGAGGCCCGACUGAACAAGGAGCAGAAGCAACAGUUUCAGGAGUUGGUGGAGCUAAAGUUCCACGAGUGGCUUUUGGAAACUGGCCACCGGCAGGAACUGGACAGCCUGAUCCCAAGCGUGACCAACUCUCAGAAGAACUCGGAUGCAGCGGCGACAGACUCCAGCCGAGUUAAAGACUCCAAACCCGUCCAGACGACUGCUGCUUAUUGAGCUUGUGACUCGCUGCUGUGUAGGGGUUAGGUUUCUGACCUGAUCCAGAACACCGCACAGGCAGACUGCAUCCUGUGAGCCAAGUGACGGGUUCUGGUUCGGGCAGUUGCUGCGCUGCAGGUUCAGGUGUGACCUGUUUUCAGGCUCAGAAAAGGCGGCUGAGUCCUCGACAUGAAAGAGCAGACAAAGGAGUAGAUUGGCAUGUUGUAGAGCAACAUAACAACAGGUUGCUGUUCAACACUUGACAAAAUGCACUGUGGAAAAUAUGACAAGAGUUCAAUGGACAUUUAGAGAAAAAACGAUUCCUUUUGUUCGGCCAAAGGACUGUUUAAAUUAGAUAAAGUAGAACAAGAGUCAAUCCACAAGAGUUGUGAGUUGGUUUUUUUUACCCAGGUGAAACCAGUUGACCAAGAAAAAUUCUAAGAAUUAGUUUUCUUUUCCACCACAAGGCAUUAUUAUCUUCCCAGUACUGUACAUAGUUUAAACCUUCAUAAGCCUCCACAUUCUUUGCCUACCUUCCACGGUAACAAGGUAAACAUGAGGCACAUUAACUGUUACUGGCCGAACUGUGAGGUUCAGUUCUUUCAGCACUUCCUGCCUUGUGUCGCACAGAGAGCACUCUGCACAGAAGUUCAGUGCAGAAUAUUCCUAGAACUGUCCAUAGAAACUAAAGUGAGCAGCAGUAAACCAGGAAGAAGCUCUGGUGGAGUCUUUAUGUCAGGUUCCAUUUACAUCUGCAGCCAGAAUAUCAGAACUUGGAUCUGGAAAAUAUGCCACAACCUGUUCAUGGUCUUCUAAUCACCACUUGGUGACCAAACACCGGGAGCUGAUCGGUAUCCAUCACUAUGAGACUCUUGCAGUUUGAUAAUCCUGUGAAAAUACUAGUUUCGUAGUACAAACAGAAAAAUCAAAAAGAAAGAUUGCCUAAAGAUAAUUCACCUUAAUUUAAGUUAAAAAAGCAACAAAUGCUCUUAACACUACCAAAAUUAUAAAAGAUAUUGAUACUUUUAAUAUAGAUCUCUAUGCAAUGUAUUAUUGAUAAGUUUAAUACUAGUGUGUAGGAUAUUGUAGUAUUUCUGAUUUUGCUCUUCAUAGAAUUAAACUAGUCAAACAAGCAGUUUUGAGACUGUAAAUUUAAAAGCUCUACCUGGAUCGCAGGAUCCUUUCUAUGCCUGUUAAUCAGGAACACAUUAAGGUGAAAGUGCUUCAGAUUAACUCAGACAGGCAGAAAUAAACAUAUUUUAAACCUGUGGAAGCCAUGUUGGAUUUUAAAAUUUGAUUGGUGAGAAUCAGAUUUUCCCCUUGGAAAUCAAACUGUUUGUUGCUUCUUCAAAAUUCCCACCUUUUAUUUUGAAACAUACACCUUUUCACACACAAUGCCAAUGGGUCCGAUUUGUCUUCUUUGGUUCUUCUCUAUUAUUUAUUUUUGUAUUUCAGUGCCACCCAGGUUCUGUGUCUGAGUUACCCUCAGCAGGGUUGGGCAGAUGCUGAUCUACAGCCAGUUGGAUGAAAGUGUUGAGAUACAAAAGAAAGAGUUGGUGUGUGUGGUGCUGCACUGUGAUCCUCCUGGCAGCUGUUUUUCUGUUUCAGUGUGGAUGUAUCCGGUUCUUACAACAGGAACAACCUGCUGGGAUGACAUGUGCCAAGUAACAAGCAUGC